UUGCAGUUUUAUUACGUAAUAAAUGAAUUCAGGUACAAAAGUCGCACGUGUUAUCGAAAAGAGAUUAUUUUUAAACCAUCGACAUGAUGAUUUUCAUUUUUUGAUAGCCCUAAUCUCGCCAUAAAUGAUAAAAAAGUACACAAACCGGUGGGAGGGAGACGAUCAUAGGUUACAAACUUGGACUUUCACCUUUAUAGUUAAUUAAACCAAAUAAUAUCCGUUUUACACACCAUUUUUCUCUCGAGUCGCCGAUUUAAAGUGUGUUAACCCGAAAAAUGGCCUUAAAUCUCGUCAUAAAGCGAAGUCUUUCAACUUCAAGUCCAAUGAACGCAGUUAUAAAAAACGUAACUGUGAUCGGGGGCGGUCUCAUGGGCUCAGGAAUCGCCCAAGUGGCCGCUCAAACCGGCCACAAUGUCACCAUCGUCGAAGUCAACCCCGAUUUGAUCAAAAAAGCCGAAGACAGCAUCGUCAAGAACUUGGCCCGAGUCGCUAAAAAACUCCACAAGGAUGACCCCCAAGCCGCUAAUAAAUUCGUAAGCGAGUCGCAGGCCCGCAUCAAGGGGUGCACCGAUAUCGCCGAAGCUGUCAAAGACAGCGAUUUGGUCGUGGAGGCUAUCGUCGAGAACAUGGAUGUUAAACAUAAACUUUUCAAGAAUUUAGAUGAAGUUGCGCCCCCGAAAACCAUGUUUGCGUCAAAUACAAGCUCUUUGUCCAUUACUGAAAUCGCUUCGGUUACGAAAAGGAAGGAUAAGUUCGGGGGGCUGCAUUUUUUUAAUCCGGUGCCAGUUAUGAAACUACUUGAGGUGGUAAGAACGUCUGAGACGUCGCAGGAAACGUACGAGGCUUUCAUGGCGUGGGGCAAAGCCGUGGGCAAGACCUGCGUCACCUGCAAGGACACCCCAGGGUUCAUUGUGAAUAGGCUUUUGGUGCCCUAUGUCGCCGAGGCCAUCAGGAUGAUGGAACGAGGUGAUGCCUCGCCCCGCGACAUCGACAUCGCCAUGAAGCUGGGUGCGGGUUACCCCAUGGGCCCCAUCGAACUAGCCGAUUAUGUCGGCCACGACACUUCGCACGCCAUUUUGCAAGGCUGGCACAAGAAAUUCCCCGACAACCCCCUUUUCGUCCCGAACGAAUCCGUACAAAAACUAGUCGAUGAGAAAAAAUUAGGUGUUAAAACCGGCGAAGGGUUCUACAAAUACACUAAAUAAUAACUUUUCGAUGUAUUUUAAUCAAAUAAUAAACAUUUUUUAAUUGA